GGGGGACCUUAACCUGGUCACCUAUGAGCCACGUGGCUCCCUGGCUGCUAUAAAGCUCGUGGUGCCCAGGGGUUCAGACUAUCUCCUUUCAGGAUGGCAUUCCUGUGGGUGGUUGCCUGCCUGGCCCUUGCCAGCACCGUCUCAGGCUGCGGGGUGCCUGCCAUCAGUCCCUCGGUGGCCUACAGCGAGAGGAUUGUCAAUGGGCAGAACGCUGUGCCCGGCUCAUGGCCCUGGCAGGUGUCCCUGCAGACCACCACAGGAUCCCACUUCUGCGGCGGCUCCUUGAUCAACCAGUACUGGGUCGUCACAGCUGCCCACUGCAACUUCAACCCACGUGCCCACGUUGUUGUCCUGGGGGAAUACAGCCUUGCUUCCAACAGCGAGCCCGUCCAAGUGAAGACCGUGUCCAGGGCCAUCACCAACCCCGGCUGGAACCCCAACACCAUGAACAAUGACAUCACCCUGCUGAGGCUGUCCACACCCGCCCAGCUGGGGUCCCGUGUGUCCACCGUCUGCCUGGCCCCUGCCAACCUGGUUCUGCCCUCCAACGCCCGGGCUGUCACCACCGGCUGGGGACGCACCAACCCCAACUCCCAAGCCUUGGCAACAGUCCUGCAGCAGGUGACCGUGCCCCUGAUCUCCCAGAGCCAGUGCAUGCAGUACUGGGGCAGUCGCAUCACCAGCGCCAUGAUCUGUGCCGGUGGGGCUGGUGCCACCUCCUGCCAGGGUGACUCUGGUGGACCUCUGGUGUACCAGACUGGGAAUGGCUGGACCUUGAUUGGCAUUGUCUCCUGGGGAACCUCCAACUGCAACAUCAACACGCCGGCCAUGUACACUCGUGUCAGCCAGUUCCGUAACUGGAUCGAUGCCGUUGUUGCUCAGGGGUAAAGCUGCUGCCAGCCUGAUCCCUUCACUGGGAUUAAUAAAGCAAUAAAGUACCAGCUUUUGCUUGUGCCAAGCACUGUCUCUGGCU